UUGUGAAAAAUUGAGUAAAAAUAAAAAAUUAAAUAAUCAAAAAAUAAUGGAAUGGACACGUGGAGAAAUAUUAAAAUUAUUAAAAGAAUAUAAAAAUAGACGUGUUUUGUGGGAUUGGAAUUGUCAUGGUUAUCGUGAUCGUACAAAACGUAAAUAUGCUAUUAAAGAACUUGCUGAUUUAUUUCAUUGUAAUACACUUGAAAUUGAAAAAAAAAUAACAAAUUUAAAAUGUCAAUAUUCACGUGAAGUACAUAAAAUACAAAAUAGCUGUAAAAAUCAGCUAAAUACUGAUGAUAUUUAUCAAUCAAAAUGGUUUGCAUAUAAAUCAAUGGAAUUUUUACAAUUUGGAACAAGAAAAUGCAAAAAGAAACCUGAGGAAGAACAACAAGAGGAAGAAUAUCUUGUCAGUGAUAUUGAUCCAGAAAGUAUAAAAUACAUUGAUUUUAAUGAUGAUACAAAUGUAUCUGAAAGUGAAUCAUGUAAUAAGUCAUCAAAUGAAGAUUUUAAUAAUGAAAAUUCAAUUUUACAAGCAUCACAACUUCACAAUAUAUCAAUGAAUAACAAUGAUUAUUCAAAAAUAAAUAAUGAUGAAAAAUUAAAUAAUGAAAAUGACAUUGAUUGUAAUAAAAUUAAAGAAGAAUUUAUUAAAUUUGGGGAGAGCAUUGCUUGUCAACUCUCAAAGAUACCAGAUUCAUACUCAAGAUCAGUUGCUAAAUUAAAAAUUAAUCAAAUAAUUUUCGAAGCUGAAAUUGGAAUUUAUGCACAAGAUAAUCAUUAAUUUAAAAUAAUUACUAUUACCUUUUUUUUACAAUUAAUAGAUUUAUAUAGUUUUAAGAAUAUUAUUGUGAUUUUAUAAAUAUAAAUAGCUAUAAACAAGAAAAUUAAACAAAAAAAAAAUCACAUAUUUUUGAUAGUGAUGAUAC